CCCGGGAAGAAUCCUUUGUGUCUGUGUCGGUUGUCGGUGCGAAGUCGGUGAAGAAUUCGGAGUCUGAUCCGGCGGUCCAGGUCCAGACGCGACCGGAAGCGGACACUCCUGACCACCCACAGACCCCAGACCCCAAACGGCCGUCAGGAUACUGUCGUACGGGACAGCGGACGAUUCGGCUGCCGCCGCCGCCGCAGCCGCCGCCAUGAUGAACGAUCCGGCCGCGCUCGGGAUGAUCCCGUUCGACACGAUCGGGCUGUACGAGCAGCCGAAGCCGCGCUUCAUUUUCAAGAUGCCCCGCGUAGUGCCGGACCAGAAGUCCAAGUUCGAGAGCGACGACCUCUUCAAGAAGCUCAGCCGCGACAGUGAGGUUCGAUACACCGGAUUCCGGGACCGCCCGAUCGAGGAGCGGCGCGGCCGGUUCCGGGCCGGGUGCUGCGAGGGCCACACGGAGGUGUCGUUCGCCGCGACCGGCAUCAACCUGCAGCUCGUCUUCAACCCGAACCACGGCCUCUACCACCACCCGCACCACCACCACCACCUCCAUCCGGCGCACCUGGGCCUGGAGAAGGAGUGUGACUUCGACAAGGAGCACGGCAAGGUUCACAUCAAGUCGCACUUCAUCAUGAACGGGGUGUGCGUGCGUUUCCGCGGCUGGGUCGACAUGGAGCGGCUGGACGGGAUCGGGUGCCUGGAGCUAGACGAGAAGCGGGCCGCCCAGGAGGACGCGAUCCUGCGCGAGCAGCUCGAGCGGUACAACCAGCGGCUGCGCGACUUCGAGGACAAGCAGCGCACCUACCAGCGCACCACGCAGGACGAGUUCGACCAGAUCCGCCGGAACGGGUCCGGCAUCGGCGUGGGGGUGACGGCCGGUGCGUCCGGCAUGUGGCGGCGAUAAACCGAUCGCCGAUCGCCGCCGCCGCCGCCGCCCGCUCAACUGUGCCAAACUGAGCCCUCGGAGCUAAUGUCCUUAACGCCUGAUGACAGACAGACGGUGGGGCCCAAGACCACCGUGCGCGCGAGUGUGUGUGUCCCGGCCGGCCGCCAUUUUCCUUUCUAUUUUUUGUUGGCCCCAUUUUUCCUUUUUUGUUUUUGAUUGAUUUUGUGCGACAUCGAGAAGUUCCGGAUCCGGAUCCUUUUUCUUUUUGUUGCCCCGCUGCCGGCAAGGAAAACAGAGUAAGGCCAACGUUCGGCUUGGACUCUAGUGCGUGUGUGUGUGUGUGUAGGAACACAGUGGAUUAGAAGUAGUAGUAGUAGCAACAAUGCACACAAUUUCAGUCUAGUUCGGUAAGCUGCAAUGAAAGUGCGACGCAGUCUGUGUUCGUGUGUGUCUGUGUGUGUGUGUGUUGCAUGUGGGCGUGCGAAUGUGUAAAAAGUUACGGAACUGAACUGGGUGCGGUGAGGUGUAUAAUGGUAUGGUUGACGCGGAGAAAACGCAAAAAAUGACAGAGAAAGCGCGAGAGAAAAUGAAAAGAAAAACAGAAAAAAUUGACUUAACUUA